AUGGCUUUCAGGAGGCAAGUGAAAAACUUUGUGAAAAAUUACUCAGAUGCUGAAAUAAAAGUCAGGGAAGCAACUUCUAAUGACCCUUGGGGUCCUUCUAGUUCUCUGAUGUUAGAUAUCAGUGACCUGACUUUCAACACGAUUUCUCUCUCAGAGAUUAUGAAUAUGCUCUGGCAGAGACUCAGCGACCAUGGGAAGAACUGGCGACAUGUGUAUAAGUCCCUCACCCUCAUGGAUUAUCUCAUCAAGAAUGGAUCAAAGAAAGUCAUUCAGCAUUGCAGAGAGGGGUUCUGUAACCUUCAAACGCUAAAAGAUUUUCAACACAUAGAUGAAGCUGGAAAAGAUCAAGGUUAUUAUAUCCGGGAAAAGUCUAAGCAAGUCAUAACAUUGCUGAUGGAUGAACAGUUGCUGCAUAGAGAGAGGGAAGUAGCAUGUCGGACUAGAUGGCGUACCUCCUACUCUGUGACCUUUCCUAAAGGAUUACCUGGUGCGGGUAACUCACCAACAGCAUGUGCUUCUGCCCCCACAUCAGAAAUUCCUGCUUCAGAGAAGAAGUGUAAGCUUCUUAAGGUUGCAAGGCUACAUAAUAAAAAAAACACUUCCAAGUCAGGACUGAAACGAGAGCAGCGUCAAGACAUUCAGCUGCCUGGUGGAACCGUGUUGUCACAGGAGAUGCUGCCACUCAAGAUUAGUGCUUGGAAGUCGACAGAAGACCUGAUGUUAUUUUAUGAGGAUGAUCCAAAGCCAGUUUUGCCGACAGUUCCUACUUCCAUUAUCUCUUCAACUACGUGGUUGUCAGAAGGGCCAACAGACUGUAACCUCUUGCAUGCAGAUACUGUGCCUGUUUCCUCAGAAAAAAGCCCAUCUCUGCAGACAAAUGUGAGUUUGGACAAGAAAUCAGACAGUACCAUUACAAAUACUGUAAUAGAAAACCCUUUGCAAAUGUCUCUAGAAAAGCAGCCAGCUGCAAAAAGUUUUGAAACCCUGACAGCUUUACCAGCAUUUUGGUCAUCAAGUAGAGAAGAGUUGAUCAACCCUAAUUUAAGGAUCUCAAAGUCAGAUUCUACCUUCUAUAAUCAGGCCUCUGUAGAGACACUCUAUGUCUCUCCCUCAUUCAAAACAUUUGACCCAGUGAAGGAGACUGUAAUCAGUAAGGACCGUCCGAAAGCAACACAGUCCAGCUUCGUGCAGAUGGAUGCUGGAAACCUCAAGACCUUAACCACAUGGGUUUCAACUGCCUCUGAGGGAACAUCUUCCUUUUCUACUUUAUCCAUGUCAUCUCCUAAUUUAGCCUCUCCAGAGAAGUCUGUUCAUCUGUUACCCCCAAUUCUGGCUGGACCUUCUUUCUGGACUUUGUCCCACCAACAGUCUUCUGCAUCUGUUAAAGAGAAAGCUAAGACAGCCAGGGUUCAUCACCCUUUUGCUUCUAGGGGCCUGCUGUUCUCUGAUGAAGAAGAAAGUGACUACCUCAGCCUACUGGAAGUUCUUCCAGACAACUCUGAUUCUGCCAAAAAGAAGACAAGUCCUAUUUCUAGCAGUAAUUGGGUAGAGUUUUCCACCCAAAAUGUAGACCAUUUUACCUCUAUAUCCUGUUCUAGUUUUCAGGCAACCAAAGACCUGCCUAGGGAGCCUGAAGCAAACAAUUCCACUAAUGUUCUUCUCGGGGAGGUAAAAAAUGCUAUAGUCAGAUUACACGAAGAUCUGAGCAUGGUAAUACAAGAACUUAACGUCAUCAGUAGCCAUCUGGUAAGCUUGAGUGGGAGUAGUCCACAAAUAGGCGCGUCUUCGCAGUUUCCCAAGGAGAGCUCGGAUCGAGUUUAA